AAAAAGGUCGCAAUCCAAAUUGCUUGCUCUGCCUACGAAACGGCCAUCAUGGGUCGGCCUAACAACGCUGUGAGCGGGUUUAGGUCCACGGGAUUGUACCCGCCCUCGCUCUUCAACAUGACCAAGCGCCUGAGAGUCUACACGAACGGCGGCGCGAGAGGCGAGGUCGGGAAAGAGGCGUGGCUCAAGCGACAGCGCGACCCGGUUUGA